AUGGAUCCACCCACUGGGGCAGUCCCGUCUCCCAUGACUGACCCAUCGGCUGAGAACCGUGCCUUGCGCGCAGACGAUCCUGCGAUCUCGACGGCUGCUACGCCCCUCUGCCUACCUCCCUUUUGGCGACAAAACCCUCGUUCCUGGUUCCGGCAAGUGGAGGCCCAAUUUCAUCUGCGGCACAUCCAAUCACAGCAGUCAAAAUAUUUCCACAUCCUUGCUGGCCUCCCUCCGGAAAUCGCGGCGGAGUUGGAUGACGUGCUCGCUACGGUUCCUGUUGAACGCGCCUAUGACGUUCUGAAGGCCGCCAUCUUGAAGCGAAUGGAGGUGUCUGAACGCGCGCGACUCCAACAGCUCCUUAACGAGGAAGACUUGGGCGACAGGAAGCCUUCGCAAAUGUUGCAUCGGAUGAGACAACUUCUCGGGGACUCUUCCACUGACGUGCAACAGCCCCUUUUGCGUGAGCUGUUUCGUCAGAGGCUCCCCCAGGCAACGCGAAUGGUUUUGGCUGGCUCUGAGGACCUAACGUUGGACAGGCUGGCUUCAUUGGCAGACCGAAUUGCUGACUACUCCGCACCUCAGAACAGCCGCCUACCCUUGCUGCGGCUACGACGUCCCAAGCCUCGCGAUUAG